AUGCAACGUCAAGAGCAAGCUAUUCAACUUUCAGAUCAUAUUAAAAAUAAACUUAAACAACAUCACUAUUCAACAGAAUCAUCAUCAUUAAUUAAUUCAUCUAAUGAAUUUAAAGAAACUAAUGAUAAUAGCAAUGACCAUGAUUCAUCACUUUUUGCAUCAUUUGAAAAUGUAACUCGUCCACGUCAUGAUACAUUUACUACUUAUCAAGUUACAGAACCAUGUGAAUUAUUUUUUACUGAAGGAAAAUCGAAUCAAACUGCAAAUGUUUCUAUUCUUCAAGAAGAAUAUAAAAAACAACAUGGCUGUCAAGAAUGUAUUCAUCGUAAUCAUAUACUUCCUUUAGAACGUCAAAAAUUUUUACGUCUUUAUGAAGAAAAUAAAAAAUUAAAUGAACAACUUCGCGCAUCUAUUCUACGUAAUCAUCAAUAUGAAGAAGAAAUUCAAAAAUUAAAAUAUCAUCUAACAAAAAUCAAUUCUCAUCUUUAUGAAUAUCAAAUUAAUUUUGAUCAGCUCAAACAAAAAAUUGUAUCCGAGAAGAAAACAAAUCCAAAAAUAGAUAAAGAAAAACAAAUAGAAACAGAUGAAGAUAAACAUAAUAUGACAAGUGAUCAUUUAAAAAGACUUCGAUAUGAAGUACAAAUGUAUAAUCGACUAGUAGAUGCCAAACAACAACAAGAACAAAAAAUUAUACAAAAAAGACUUGAUUUUUAA